GCGGGAGGCGGGACUCUCCUUAAUACAGGCGUGGAAAACACUGUUGUUAAUAACAGUGGCGGCGAGUUUAAAAUGAACAGCGAACUUUCGAGCAGUGAUUUCGAUAAAAAAGUUGAAGUAUUGAAGAAGAAGUAUUUAGAGAGAAGAAGUCGGUUUUCUGCCACGGAAGAAGCACAAGCGAGCGGAAAAUGUGGAAGACAGGAGGAAAAGCCUGUAAAGUGCUCUCACGCUGCUGUCCCAGAGCUGGAUGAAGUGAAAACAUCACACAGAAAGAUAGAGGGGCUUCUCCAUGCCAUCUCACAGCAGCCUGAAUGGCCGGUCUGUGAUGAGAGCGCACUGAGCAGCGAAGGUGAGCUGGGUGACCAGACCGAGACUGUGGACCGUACCAACAUCCUGUGUACCGAGACAGAUGUGACGCUGCCCUCAAACAUAUCAUGCACUUCCAUUUCAUUUGAGACGGAGCCAGUGCGGUUCAGCUCAGGAGAGGGGUGGAGUUUGUACAACGAGAUGAUGCAGAUUUAUAAAAAACUGCAGGCACGAGCGGCCAUGCUUUGUGAGCGUGAACGUGAGCUCCAGCAGAGAGAGAAGCUUUUCCUGAAGCACCAGUGUACCAUGAACAGACUCCUCACUGUGGAGGAAGACGUACUAGAUCGUAUUAAUGCUAUGCAACAGGAACACCAGCAGGAGAUGGAGCAUCUCAGGGCUGCACUGAGAGAAAAGACCAAAGAGAACAAAAGGAUUAAAUCUAGUUUUGAUUCAAUCAAGAAGUUGAACGACACCAUGAAAAAACAGUUGAAUGAAGUAAGUGAACAGAACACGAGACUGGAGAGCAAAUCACAGAAAGUCCAAGCUCGACUAGAAAACCUGCAGAAAAAGCAUGAGUACUCAGAGGUGCACCGAGGGCGGGAAAGUCUGCUGAAGUCACAUGAUCUCAAACCCGCCAAUCAGGACAAACCUCGACCGCCAAACAAAGUUAGCAGGAGCAGCUCCAGUUGUACGGCACUGAAACUGCUGUCAUAUAUGAUCGAGUGGCUGGUGGACGGACCGGCGUUUUCUUCUGAAGACCAGAAAAUACAGGACAAGUUUUACCUGUAUGGGGUUCCACGUCCCUCACUGCAUGAGCGCUGUGCUAAGGUUCUUCCAGUGUUACUAGAGCAGUUCCAGCAAGCCGAGGUCUUUCUUCAUCUACCUCUGCUGCGCAUCAUCUACUGCACCCUCACACAUCUGGAGCACAGCACACAGCAUCUCCCUUUGACCUCAACAUUAAGGAGAUUAGGAGAGGAAGUGAACCGAAAAUCUCCACUUUCCAGGAGCUCCUGCUCUCACACUCGCUUGUUAUCCUCCAUCAUCAUUCUCAAAACACUAACUCAGGCAGACAUCUUGGCUCAGGCCCUCUGUGUUUUACACUGCAUUGUGGGUGAGGACGAGGGGCGUGGCCUCUUUCUGAAGUACAAGGCCCUGACAACCAUUUUAUCUGUGCUGAGGACAGGAAGUCUGGGACUGCUCGCUCCAUCACUGGAUGUCCUGCUUCAAAUGAGUGCAGAAUCACGUCAUCUUCCUGCUUUCCUGGAUGCAUGUAGCAUAGACCAGUUUUUCCAUUGUGCUGCUGUUCUUCUCCGAAACCCACGGCUGAACCUGGCCAUCAGCGAGAAGCUCAGUGUUCUCCUGCAGAAGCUCUCCUGCAUCAGAAAGAACCGGCGUCUGUUCGAAUCCUCCUCGCUGCACCUUCUCCUACAGGAAACACAGCGCUGUGCUGAUCCGUCUCGAGCCUUCCUCAACAUCAACAUCAGCUCCAUCCUGUUUAAUCUGGGCGUGGCCUCGAACUCUUGACACGCCCACUCUGAACACUAUAUAAAACAACUUAAACAUCAUGGUGUUCAGUUGUGAUACUCUCUUUUUGUCUAGGGAUUAUUUAUUAAUGUUUAAUCAUCAGUUCAUCAUGCCAUGCUUUAUAAAUCAACUCUUUAUUUAUUCCACUUUAUUGUAAUAUGUUAAUGUCUCAAUUAAUUAUUCAUACUUCAGAAAAUUAUUUAAUGUUAUGCUUCAUUUACACACAUACUGGAUUCAAAUGAUGAACAGUUGCCUCUUGUGGGUGGGGCCUCUGUGUCCUCAGCUGCUUUUCAACAUGUUGGUACUAAUCCCAUCAUUUGGUUAUAUUUAUUCUGAUUUAGAAUGAUGUUUCAUUUUCCAAGGCACAAGGAAAUAUUCCAGAUAUUUGUCCAUUUGGCCUGCGUUUGUAAAUCUGUGGUUUUGAGCGAGCUCCUUUACUUCUUGUGGGUUUUAAAUGAUUUAAAUUGUUUGUGACUGAAUAAAAUAUUUGUUACUGA